AUGGUCUUAGGCGAAAUCCGAGACCGUUACUUUGAGUCAUUAUCCGCGGACCCCUCUGACCCACGUUGGAAGUGCCAGCUCUGCGGCCGCCGAACAAUGACCAGCUAUGGCAACCAUAUGUUAUCCAAGAAGCACCUUGAAGCAGCUGCCCGAUUUGAAGCUCGACAAGCGGCAGCUCACCAGCCUCUCCCGGGCCUCGACCCAAACCCUCCUCCGGAAUGCCCUAUCCCGGCUACUCAACAGGAGGCAAUUUUCGAAGACGCACCUCCAAUGGAGUGCCUAGAAGCAGAUGCCGAGCGGCCUCCCUCACCGCUCACAUUUUUGCAAGCUCUCGAAAUCGCCGCUGCUGAAGAUGACAACCCCGCCUCGGAAGAUUCUGAUCUCGAAGUCGAUAUGUCGAAACUAGCCGGAGCCAUCAUGGCCAUGGCGAACGACAAGGAAGACGACCCCAUUGAUGAGGCUGGCCUCGAGGCAGAACUGCGCACUGUGACCGUAGAGGAAUCCCACGGUUGGUACCCUUUCAAAAAGAAGGAGCAUCUGGUGGCUUUGUUGAUCAUCGGGUCAACUAGAAGUCUGCUCUCUCGAUCACAAUACCAUCAAAUCCGAUCAAUCCUCCACAUAUGUCGAGUCCAACUCCCUGAUUGGGGUGUCUUACGAGCCUUGAGCACCCGCCUGAAAAAGCAGCUGGGGUUCACGUUCAAACCAUCAUAA